AUGAGCCUCAAUUGCUCCUUGUGGCAGGACAACAGCAUGGCCGUCAAACGCUUUGCAUUUGCCAAAUUUUCUGAGGUCACUGAACAGUGUUUCCUUCUAUUUACCCUCAUCCUACUCAUGUUCUUAACAUCACUGAUGGGCAAUGCUCUCAUAGCUCUUACUAUCUGGACCAACCCAGUCCUCCACACCCCCAUGUACUUCUUCCUGGCCAACUUGUCCCUCCUGGAGAUUGGCUACACUUGCUCCAUCAUACCCAAGAUGCUACAGAGUCUUGUGAGUGAGGCCCGAGGAAUCUCUCGGGAGGGUUGUGCCACACAGAUGUUUUUCUUUUCAUUUUUUGGUAUCAGUGAGUGCUGCCUUUUGGCAGCCAUGGCUUUUGACCGCUAUAUGGCCAUCUGUUCCCCACUCCACUAUGCAACACGAAUGAGUCGAGGUGUGUGCGUACAUUUGUCAAUGGUUUCUUGGGGAGUGGGGUGCAUGGUAGGCUUGGGCCAGACCAAUUACAUUUUCUCCUUGGACUUCUGUGGCCCCUGUGAAAUAGACCACUUUUUCUGUGACCUCCCACCCAUCUUGGCACUCGCCUGUGGGGAUACAUCCCAUAAUGAGGCUGCGGUUUUUGUUGUGGCAAUUCUUUGCAUUUCCAGCCCAUUUUUACUGAUCAUUGCAUCCUAUGGCAGGAUUCUAGCUGUGGUGCUGCUCAUGCCCUCACCUGAAGGCCGCCAUAAGGCUCUUUCCACCUGUUCUUCUCACCUGCUCGUAGUAACACUCUUCUAUGGCUCAGCUUCUGUCACCUAUUUGCGGCCCAAGGCUAGCCAUUCACCAGGAACAGACAAACUUUUAGCCCUUUUCUAUACAGUGGUGACAUCCAUGCUGAACCCCAUCAUCUAUAGUUUACGGAACAAGGAAGUCAAGGCAGCUGUCUGGAGGACCCUACAUUUUCUCCCUUUUAAGGAAUGCCUUUAG